AUGUAUAUGCAAAUUUCCGUCAGACCUGAAGACCGGAAGUUUCUCAGAUUCACCUGGGGAACAACCCAGCCAGAUUUCUACACUCGUUUCGUUUUCGGCUCUAACGAGUACACUCGUUUCGUUUUUGGCUCUAAAUGCUCGCCUACUUGUGCGAACUUUGCUCUCCAAACUUGUGGUGACGACAACAAAAUCGACUACCCCCACAUCCAAGAACUUAUCGACAGCAACUUCUACAUGGGCGAUUUCUACGAGUCAACCAACACCGUGGAAGAAGUGUUACAACUACCUAAUGAUCUAAGAAAGGUACUCGCAACAAGAAGUUUCAACCUGGCUGGGUGGAUCACUACAAACUCAGAGAUUUUAAGUGCAAUACCUCAGCAACACCGCUCCAUAUCUUAUAACGAAAUGAAAGACCCAAAAACGACGACAGGUGAAUUGGAAAUCGGAUGGAAAGUUCCCUCUAAAUAA